UUAGGUAUUUCUGUUGGGAAAGCCGCGGGAAGGAGAAAGGUGUAUGAAAAAAGGAGAUUAUUGUUGUUUUCAACGACGACGUGAUUUUGGCAUCUCCUCGUAUCAGAUUCAAGAUCCUCUGUUUUAAUUUCGACAAUGGCAACGGGAAAUAAAGGGAGACAAUUGCCAAAAUUUGGGGAAUGGGACGCGAGUAAUCCAGCCUCUGCGGAAGGAUUCACAGUCAUUUUCAACAAGGCUCGUGACGACAAGAAGACAAAGAAAACCGCUGUCGCAGGACCUGAGAGUCUUGUUUCACCUCAAAUAAACGAUGAAUCUCAUCAGAACAACAAACAUCAUAAUAACCGUAAAUCCCAAACACCACGAGAAAAGAAGAAAUGGCUUUGUUUCCGUUAACUCUGGGUCCGGCUCUGUUUUGAAGAACCUGAUGAUAAGGAAGCAGAACUGGUGAGCAGAGUCAUCUCCAACAAAUGACAACGACCAAACCUUUGUUCGUACAAGAUGUUGUUGCAAACUUCUCUUCUUCUUCUUGCUCGUUUAGUUUCUCUUUUCAACUUUGUUUUGGGCACAUUUGGAUA